AUGGCAGAGUCCGAUAUUCAAUCCCAGCGGCGAUCCUCAUCCCAAGCCUCAAGCGCGUCGAGCAGAAGUCGAAAUACUAAGGCUGUCCGCGCCAAAAUGCAGAAACGUCAUUCCGGCUCCUCGAAUAAUACGACAGAUUUGACUUCGUUCCCCUCCCUUUCCCCGCCAGACAAGACUUCGACCCUCGCCGGUGGCUUAACGACUACGCUAUUAUCUGGUGACAAUGGAGAUGAUAUCAGUGAGAGCAAGGGCGGUCGUGGGCGAAAGGCUACAUUGGCGAAUUUGACGACUGGGCCGUCGCACAAAUCAGGCCGAGCUGCCCUCUUCGCCGAUUCUGUCCCCGCGUACGAUAUCCCGGGUGCCCUGCACUUGGCCGAUGAUGCGCACAUUGAGCGGUUGGUUGCCGGAACCGGUGCCGUGAAGAUGGUGAGGCAGUUCGCACGCGAUCUAGCGCAACGGGACGCUGAGAUCUCGGCUCUACGCCAACGCGCCGAUGCAAGGGAGCGAGAGCUGAAGAGAAUGCUUCGAGAAGUGUCCGUGUCCAACCAAGAUAUCGAACGUCGCCUAUAUCAGUUAGAGAAUUCUCCGGGUGAUCGUGCCUCCGAUGCGGAAAGCAGCCACAGUGAUCAUGCUGACAACGCCUCUUCUGGUUUGAAUGGGCUGAUGUCUCAAGCGAUGGAAGACGCUGUGGGUUCUCGUUCUUACAGUGAAUCGGCAGAAGCUCAAACCACGAUUCGUGCACAGCGGUCAGACGAUCACCGGAAGAGUCAGAGCUCCAUCAGGGGCUGGCAAGAGUAUCUGUUCGGUUCGGUCAAUACGAGCCGGAAGACCAGUCGUGCCAGCAGCAUCAUGAGUGGUGUUGGUGAGGUUGGGGAGGAAGAGGCUGAACGUCGGCGAGUGCCUAGCAACCCUGCAGUGCGACGCAAAGCGCUCGAUGAGCAGCUAUUCCAGCCUCCUGAAGGCACAGCACGGAACGGACCAGCAAAUCGCAUCGCUAGCAUUUCGGCAACUGGUGAUGAUGCAAGCAUCCAUUCCCGUAAAUCGUCCCGGUCUCUUGGCUCUUGGACUGUCAAGCUGUUUGCCGGCAAUUCCCAGACAAGCAGAGAUGCAAGUGAUUCUGAAUCAACCUACAAUAGAUCUCAGCCCAAAAAGCCGGACGCCGACAGGAGCGCUUCUUCUACAUUGUCUGGAAAUUCCAAGGGCGGGAUGUCGGCAGUUGCCGCAUUGAAGAAGAUCAAUAGCAAUGCGAGUAUACCUACCACUGGGCGUUCCGCCAGUGGCUCCGGCGCCCAGGGAAAAAUGAACCCUCCUGCCUCUCGAGCCCCUCGACGGACGGCAGCUGGUAGUGUAUCGCAGGGUACAGCGUCGGAGGUAGCGGAUCGAGGUUCGACGAAUCUUGGACCGGUCGAGAUGGACGCCAUUCUGCCUAUGGAGUCGAAGCCUCCGACGCUCACUACCAUUUAUAACAAUUCCCAAGCCGGCGAGUUUCUCACCGACCGCUUCGGGUUUAUCUAUGAUCAACGCCGAAAAAAGCGCCAGAGAGAAGCCAAUACUGCUAAGAGCAGCGCUCACCGUUUGAGCGUUACCGAAACUCUAGGCUCUCUUCGGACUGAUACUUCAGAUCCCGAAGAUGACCCCGAAAUCUCGAGACUUCGCCAGGAGGCCGCCGAAACUUCCCACUCGCUUCCUGGCUCACCAGAAGACUUGGACAGUGGAGCCGUCGCCAUCCGUCGGUGGCAGGACUACUUGAGGAUUCCCUCCCGUCCAACAGAGCUGCUGUCUCACACCCCUUCUGCAGGACCGAUCGUCUCUUUGACCACCGCAGGAGAGAAUCGCUCUCAUAGCUCGUCUGUUUCAGUUGACAAAGAUGGGGCGUUGGCCGUCAGCCCAAGCUCUCAGCCAUCCGCAUCCACAUCGGCCAUCACGGCUGACAGCCCCGAGUUCGCUGGAAUGUCAUCGGAUCAGCUCAAGGACACAUACUCCAAGUUUAGUCACGCCGAGAUGGAGCCUGUGAAACUGUUACUGGAACAGUUGACCGAGCUCCACGACACGUUGCAACGCGACCGAACCGUCCGGUGGAAUGAGUUCCUUCGUAAAGUGCGCGCUGAACGACGAAAAGAGGGCGAAGCCGCAGCCGCGGCCGCAACUUCCGAUAGAUCUGUUGCUGCCGUCGACACGCCAGAAGUCUCGCUCGCCGAUGGCGAGGUUGUAGGGAUCGCUGGUCUGGGCAAUAAAGGCAAGGUUGGGCGAGCGAAGUGGCGGGAGUUUCGGAUGCUCGUGCUCGGCGGCAUCCCAGUUGCUCUUCGGGCCAAACUUUGGUCGGAGUGCAGCGGAGCCUCGACAAUGCGAAUCCCCGGAUACUAUGAUGACCUUGUGCAUGGUGUCGGUGGGUGCGAUCCAGACCCUUCUGUCGUUGCACAGAUCGACAUGGAUAUACGCCGCACCCUUACGGACAAUGUCUUUUUCCGCAAGGGGCCCGGGGUUGCCAAACUGAAGGAGGUUCUGCUUGCGUACUCGCGUCGUAAUCCGGAGGUGGGUUACUGUCAGGGCAUGAAUCUCAUCGCAGCAUCCCUGCUACUCAUCAUGCCGACUGCCGAGGACGCAUUUUGGAUCCUGACAUCGAUGAUUGAAAUCAUCCUGCCUCAGCACUACUACGAUCAUGGCUUGCUGGCCUCCCGCGCGGACCAGGUAGUCUUGCGUCAGUACAUUUCGGAGCUUCUUCCUAAGCUCUCCGCCCACUUGGAGGAACUGGGUAUCGAGCUGGAGGCACUGACGUUCCAAUGGUUCCUCUCUGUCUUUACGGAUUGUCUCUCCGCAGAGGCACUGUACCGCGUAUGGGAUGUAGUCCUGUGUCUCAAUGUGACAAGCGCAGUCAACGGCCCUGGACUGAAUUCUGGUGCCAAGGAAAGCAUUGACAAGAAUACAAAAGUCGCCGAGGACCUUGCCUCUGGCAGUGGCGGCGGAAGCACAUUCCUCUUCCAAGUUGCUCUUGCGCUGCUCAAGCUCAAUGAGCAGCAGUUACUGACGACCUGCUCGACGCCGGCGGCAUUAUAUACAUACAUCAACCACCAAAUGACCAACCACGCAAUCAGCAUCGACGGGCUGAUCCAAGCCAGCGAAGCAUUGCGCAAUGUUGUCCGUCGCGAAGAUGUCGUCGCACGCCGUGCUGUUGCCCUGCAGGAGAUGCGGGAACUAAGUGGUGGCGCAGGCAUCUAG